CCCAAUUCGUGACAACGCCGAAUUUAAAAGGCGUUUUGAACACUGUUUGAAUAAUCUGUUGUCUUCUCAUAUUGUUAAAUAUGCAUGGAAGAAUAAAAGUGCGUACGACCGAAGAACAAGCUGAAGCAAAAAAACGGGAGCAGUUGGCAAAACUGAAGAUUUACUCUGAAGUUACAUCAAAGAUAUUUCAAAAAAAAGAAGAUAAAGAGUAUGAUGAGGAAGGCCUUGAAUUGACUCGAACAGUUCUUGAAGAAAAUCCUGAUUUUUAUACAUUUUGGAAUUACCGAAGGAAUAUUCUCAAUGACUUCCUAGCCAGUGGAAAAAGCACAGAAGAAUUGAAAAACUUGGCUUUGGUUGAAUUGGGCUUGACUCAAAAUUGCUUAAAAACGAAUCCGAAAUCUUAUGGAGCAUGGCAUCAUCGCUACUGGGUCAUGAAAUUCAAUCCUGAGCCGGACUGGAAGAGAGAAUUGAAACUUUGUGGAUUUUUUCUUUCACACGACGAAAGAAAUUUUCAUUGCUGGGACUACAGGCGACUCGUUAGUAAAAAGUGUGGUGUAUCCCCAGAAGAGGAGUUAGCUUACACAACAGAGCUGAUUGAAUCUAAUUUUUCCAAUUACUCAGCCUGGCAUUACCGCAGCACUUUAUUGCCUGUUGUCCAUCCUGGGACAGUGAAAGGAUCUAUCAGUGAGGAUGUGCUGCUAAAAGAAUUGGAUAUGGUUCAAAAUGCAGCAUUCACGGAUCCUGAUGAUCAAAGUGUCUGGUUUUAUCAUCGAUGGCUGCUUGGGCGAAGCAAAGUCCCCCUCCAGAUACUCAAUAUAAGUGUCCUAAAGCCUCAAAAUAUUGUCGCAAUUUUGCUCUCUGAACCUUUUAAGAUCAAUGAGAGUUGUAUAGAACUGAAGAUAAAUAACAUUCCAGUCAAUGCAACAUGGACGCCUGUUGGUUUCCCUUCAGCACCUCCUACUGUUUGGGUCUGUGAUUUACCGGAUCUCAGCAAUGAUGCGGAUUCAUGUGAAAUAGCUGUUGAAUUGAAGAAAGGAGACAUAAGAAGUUGUUUAUCAUGUAGUAUAAAUGGAGUAAAAUCGUUCAAUUGGAUGAAGACAAGUAGAGCUGACGCCUUUCGUUCUGUUUUAAGUGCAGCUACCAAAGAAGUUCUUGAACAAGAAUUGGAAUCCUGCCAGCAGUUAAAUGAAUUAGAGUCCAAUUGCAAAUGGACGUUGUUCACUUCUAUUCUUCUAAUGAGAGCUUUAAACGAUCGUAAAUUCGACGAUAAGAUAACAGAAUAUAUGGAAAAUAUUAAAGAAGUUGAUAGUUCAAGGAAAAACUACUACAAUGAUUUGGGUAGUAAAUUUGUGAUAGAAAACACCAUUGAAACUUUACCAGUGGAUGCUACAGAAAUCAAUCUGGCUAACAGAGGACUGACCAGUCUUCACCACUUUGAUCAAUUUAUUUUAAUAGAGAAAAUAGAUUUGUCUUCAAAUUGUUUGAUAUCAAUCUUUCCUCUGUGUCACCUAAUAUGUGUAAAGACAAUAAUUUUAGAUGACAACCAACUGACCGAUUUGGAAGGACUGGAAAAUCUGACGCAGUUGAAAAUUCUUUCAGUGAAGAGAAAUUUAAUCAAUGAUGCUGAUGGCCUCAUCAUGUUAAAAAGGUGCAAAAAUCUUCAAGAGCUAUUUAUUCAGAAUAAUCCAGUUUGUGAUACUCUACAUUCCAACGAAAUUAAGAAAUUGCUGAAUAUUGCUAAAAUAGAAAUUGAAGACUCAUAAUAUAUUAUAUUUAAGUAAUAAUUGAACUAUAUUGUGCAUUUCAAAAAGGUAGCAUCUCGUGAAAAGAAAACGACUUAUGAAAGUUUACCGGUGUUAUCUUUAACUACCUACUGUAAAAGCACUUAUUUCUGUGAGCUAUGAUUUUUGUGAAAAUGCAGAAAUCUAAGAUCUCGCAAGCUGUAAAUUUUAAACUUGAUGUGAACAGAACUAAAAGGAAGAAAAAAUAUAUUGCAAGGCUUAAACUUUUGCAAUAGCGACCCACCUAUGAAAAAGUGUUUCAUUUUGUGUCACACAGGUAAUUGUAGUGCAAUUAAUUAAAACUAUUUUUGACUGAUAAUACUAUAAAAGUAUUACAAAUUAAAACAGUUGUUCCCUUUUCAAAAGACACACCAGAUAAGAAACAGAGAUGUUACCUUCUUGAAAUAAAAGUUGUACGACAAUUCUGAUAUGUUAGGAUCAGUGGAUAAAUAACGAAACAGAAGCUAUAAAGCAGAUUUUAUUUGACAUUCUUCAAAAAUACUGACCGAACUUGUUUAAACCCUUUUCCCACUGGGAAAUUAGUCGC